GCAGAAAGAUGAGAAGUUAACUGUUGGUGUGGUGAACCCUGCCUGUGCUGGACUAUGUAAGGAGGAAGGGCAACGUGGAUGUUCCCCAUGUGUCCACCAGUUCUGUGCCUUUAUUCAUUCCCAUACCAGUUCUCUGCUGACUUGAGAGGCCAUACUGAUGAGAAUUGCUGAGGAGAAGCUGCUGAGUAUUUGAUGUGCCACCCCAAAGUGGCUACUACGUUGCCUGAGGACUAUGAAAGGAGGCUGGGUGGAAACAGUUGUUCCUUGCCUUUUCACACACCUGGACCUGGACACCAGACUCCAUGCUGGGAUGCUUUUCCAAGUUUCUCAUCAAAUAUGUGAUUGCAUUUUAAGGACAAUCCAGAGUGAAGUUCAAAGAGAUACAACUGGACUCUCCAUUGCAGACUCUCAAGUCUAGAAGAGAGUUGACUCCUGUUCUGACUUGUUGGUCUUCUUUCCGGAACUUGACUUGACACUGUCCACCCGAUUGAUCCUUGGACAACAGUGGCUACUGGGGCUCUGUUGGCGAUGGAUGGUGAAGAGUUCUGAACUCCAGACCAUAAAAUAUUCUCCACAAUGGAUGGAGUGUAUGAAAUUCCUGAGGAGCCAAAUAUGGUUCCUGUUUCAUCUCUGGAAGAAGAUGUUAUCCGUGGACUUAACCCACACUUUACCUUUCCAUUCAGUAUCCUCUUCUCCACCUUUUUGUACUGUGGUGAAGCUGCAUCUGCCUUGUAUAUGGUUAGAAUUUACCGAAAGAAUAAUGAAACCUUCUGGAUGACAUAUACCUUUUCCUUCUUCAUGUUUUCAUCCAUUAUGGUUCAGUUGACCCUCAUUUUUGUCCACAGAGACCUGGCCAAAGAUAGACCAUUAUCAUUAUUUAUGCAUCUAAUCCUCUUGGGACCUGUUAUCAGGUGUUUGGAGGCCAUGAUUAAGUACCUUACACUGUGGAAGAAAGAGGGGCAGGAAGAGCCUUAUGUCAGCCUUACUCGAAAGAAGAUGCUAAUAGGUGGCCAGGAGGUGCUAAUAGAAUGGGAGGUGGGCCACUCCAUCCGGACCCUGGCUAUGCACCGUAAUGCCUACAAACGUAUGUCACAGAUUCAAGCCUUCCUGGGCUCAGUGCCCCAGCUGACCUAUCAGCUAUAUGUGACUCUGAUCUCUGCAGAUGUCCCCCUGAGUAGAGUUGUGCUAAUGGUUUUUUCCCUGAUAUCUGUCACCUAUGGGGCUACCCUCUGUAAUAUGUUGGCUAUCCAGAUCAAGUAUGAUGACUACAAGAUUCGCCUUGGGCCACUGGAAGUCCUUUGCAUCACCAUCUGGAGGACUUUGGAGAUCACUUCCCGUCUUGUGAUUUUGGUGCUUUUCUCUGCCACCUUAAAGUUGAAGGCUGUGCCCUUCUUAGUGCUCAACUUCUUGAUCAUCCUUUUUGAGCCCUGGGUUAAAUUUUGGAGGAGUGGUGCCCAAAUGCCAAACAAUAUUGAGAAAAAUUUCAGCCGAGUUGGCACUCUGGUGGUAUUGAUUUCUGUCACCAUCCUCUAUGCUGGUAUCAACUUCUCUUGCUGGUCAGCCAUGCAGUUGAAAUUAGCAGACAGAGACCUUGUUGACAAAGGUCAGAAUUGGGGACAUAUGGGACUGCACUACAGUGUGAGGCUGGUAGAGAAUGUGAUAAUGGUCUUGGUUUUUAAGUUCUUUGGAGUCAAAGUGUUACUGAAUUACUGCCAUUCUUUAAUUGCUGUGCAGCUUAUUAUUGCUUAUCUGAUUUCCAUUGGAUUCAUGCUUCUUUUCUUCCAAUACUUGCAUCCAUUACGCUCACUCUUCACUCAUAAUAUAAUAGACUACCUCCAUUGUAUCUGCUGCCGCAGACAACAUCGGGAAAGGGUUGAGAGCUCAGAGCCACACGGUGAGACUGACACAAGACAAAGUAUUGUCUGAUUAUUUUUAUUCUUCUGAACAUUAUAGCAUGGGUUUGGGCUUGACAGGAGCAAGUGCAAAAUUGAAAGAGAGGGUGAGACUCCUGUAUGUGAGUACUCACAGGCCUGUUUUCUUGACUCAUCUAGUAAGCCUAACAAAAGAAAGAGUAACUUCCAAAUAGGCUUUACUGUUUAUGAUUGACUGUUAGGUUUGGAUACCAGCACUAGUCAUUGUUUAUUUAGUUUGUUCUCCUAGUCAAUUGGAAUAACCUUCAGGUACUUCACUCAGGCUCUACAUUCCCAACUUUGCUCAUUUGUUUGAGGUAUUGUUGAGCUUCCAUGGGCUGAUCUGAACUCUGCCCCAACAUGUCUGUUCUGAUCAGAGGAUGUGACAACUUACUAGCAAUGAGCACCUCCCAGAAAAUAGUCUGGCUGUUUCAGUACUUUUAAAUAUGACAGUGGCUGGGAUAUUUUGAUUCUAAUGAGAAAGUGCGGCUAGGAAGUCCCCAUUAUUAAAAACCAAAACCAAAACCAAAACAAACAAAAAACUACUUCCCAAAUGGGUUUACAUUCUAUUAGGCUUUUACUAGUGGUCAUUCAGCAAAGACUUCUCUUUUUAGAAGCCCUUUCAUAGUCAGUCUUUCAGAACUGUGUGCAGAAUAGGAUUCCUUCAGGGAAUAAACCAGAAUGAUGUUUUUUCAGGGCAGGAUCUCAUGUAUCUCAGGCUGGGCCUAAAGUCACUAUGUAGCUAAAAACUAUGUAUCUUGAACUCCUGAUCUUUCUGCCUUUACCUUCUGAGUACUGAGACUGCAGAUGUGUGCCACUGCGUCUGGUUAUAUAGUGCUGAGGACUGAACCCAGGGCUAGACAAGCACCAUUUAUAUGGUGCUGCAUACUGGACCUGGGGUCAGAGAAACACUCUACCAACUAAGACCUCCCCAGCCUCCAGAAUGACUCUUAAGGAACUACAUAGGCCUCCAGCUCUACCGAGUGAUAUGUUUGAAUAAAAUUCCUCACCUGGUGCCCCAUUGAUAGGGAUUUCCUCCUAUCCAGCUUUUCUGACUCUUUGCAUUUUGUUACUUGAUGUAAGCCUCAGAGAAGCUGAACUGUAAUUGGAAGUGUUUUCUGAUAUGUGAAAUAAAUGAAGAUUUCUUUGUGUCUUCUACUGUUCUAAGAAAAA